GGUUGGCAGUGCCAACAAAAUUAAUUAUCGAAAAUUUAUAGAAGAAGAAGAUCAAAAUAUAACCUUUCAUUUACAAUAUUAGCAAAAUGUUGUUUUAGCGUAAAAUCCGCGCUUAUUGGUGUGUUUCCUCCAACUUUUUCCUGCCGACAAGACUACGACAUAUGAGUUCUGAUUUCUCUAUUUUGUUGGUGUAAAAACCCUGCCAAGGUGAGUAAAUUUGUGUUGUUUGAGGGUUUAUAAGGGUGUUGUUUUUUUCACAGGUCGCCAAAGUAAUUAACCAGCAAUGGAGCAAAUAUUCCUUAAAAAAGAACCUGAAGAACUAGACGACAAUUUCGAAGAGGAUGUUUUGAUGAAUAACAAUAAAUCAAGUAUCUUGGCUGACCAAGAAAUGCCUUCAACCUCUGGGAUAGCCUUAAAACAAGAAAUCAAAGAAGAAUUGGACGAUGAUGAUGACAACUCUAUGCUGUACAAUGAAUUGGGGGUGAAAGAAGAAUCAGAAACAUACACAGAUAAAGUAGACAAUCUUUUUGUUGAUUAUGAAGCUGAACUGAAAUUUGAAGCUGAAGACGAAAUAUUUCUUGAUAGAGGAAACAGAAAAAAGCUAAAAGAAAUGAAGGAAAGUGCUUUAAAAAAUCGAGCUGAAUUAAAGCCUGCUAUGAAAAACAAAACCAAAGCCACUAGUGACCUGGAUGCUAAAAUUAUACGAGAAAAAAGAACUGAAGCUAAACGGAUUGAGAGACAAAAAAUUCGGGCAGAUCCAGAAGCUUACGAAAGGAUGAAGGCUUACGAGAGAGAAAGAAGUAGAAAAAGAAGAGAGAGUGGAAAACUAAAAAGUAUUGCUGAAAAAAAUCCAAAAGAACAACAAAUACAAAGAAAACAAUGGAACUUGGCAAAUAAAAGGUACUACGAAAGAAAGAAGAAAACUCUAACAGAGAAUUGAAUUUAUGACAAUCUUCAGAAACUUCUGGUAGAAAAGAAUUUGGUCUAAAAAAGGUUUUGCAGAAAAAAAACCUGAUUUAAGAAAGUCUGUUAAAGCGUCUGAAAAAUGAAAGAAAGAUUAAAAACAAAACUUAAAGGGCCACAAUCGUUGUUUGGAGAAGUUUUAGUUAAACAAAUGAAAGAAAAUGCAAGCUCAGAUAGUAAAAGGCAGAAGUUGGCAGAAUGUAUUUAAGGUUGGGUAAUUAAAAAGUUUAGAAUGAAAGAAAAAAUGACAAAAAUCUCUUCAUUGCACCAACAAAAGCAGGCAACAAAAGAAUUAAUAUUAAAGUCAAAAAGAACGUAAUUUUUAAGGGCACACGCAACAACAGUCGGACAAUUUUUGGAAGCAGAUGAGAAUUUCGUUUUAACACCUAAGAUUAGUAAUGUGUCGUUUGUUGAAAAAUUAAUACAUUUAUAAAUACUAAGUUCCUGCAACUUAUUUCAUGAAUAAAAGUUUUUAGUUCCAUAAAAUUUGUACAUAAUUACAACUCAAAACUCAUGACCAUCCCAUUAAAAACAUGACCGUCGCGUACUUUUUCGUAGCUCGUAACUGCUAAAUAGGUAA